AUGAGAUGUUCUGGCUCAGUGUGGCCCCAAGUCACAGCGUGGGGACACACACUUGGAUUUGGGGUAAGAGAAUAUCACAAAACCAAACCCUCCCGUGUCCCUGCAUCUUCCCUUUGCCCUUUCCUCCUACCUUUGUCUCCUCCUCCCCCAUUCAUGCUUCUGCUGGGAGAAAAGGAGAAAAACUUGUGGGUACGAGUGUUGGGUGAAGCUAACUUGGACAAUUAUCGCAAAGGAAACGAAAUAAUUGUAAUUGACUUGCUCGGCGAUUGA